AUGAGCAGCCGCAGUUCCUGGACAGAUCUUGUCAAGGUUUGGAUCCAACUUGGUCAAUGCCUCCGGGCGUCGGUGGCCUCGGCGCCCGCUGGGACCAGCGACGAGGCGUACGUCGUCAAGAAGCCGACGCCGCCGCCACGCCCGGCCAGCCCGCCGCGCCCGACACAGAGCACACUGCCGCGGUGUCAAGUGCUGACGCGGAAAGGGUCGCCGCCGAGCUUCCACUCGCUCUUGGAUCGAUUUCUGCAGCGACCCAAGUCGCCGAUCCGCCUCCCGCGCGCCUUCUUGAACCGGACCGUGCUCACGGUGGCCGGGAAGCGCGUGCCGUUCACGCGCUGCAUGUCCAAGGUCGCGCGCAGCCAGAUCAAGCCGCUACCGACGAUCGUCGAAAUGUACACGCGGCAUUAGCCAAAACCUAGUUAGUACUUUUGUGUGUAUCGUUAUUUAAGCUGCUGCCACGAUGUGCGUCGUCGAAACUGAGCAAAAGUCGGCUGUCGGCCGUUUUAAUUCAAGCCAAUCACGUGCGAGACCAAAGAUACGCUCGGCCACCAUCGAUGCUUC